GUCAAUGAGUGGAAGGGACGUUGCGUUGGAAUCGUAUGACCAAGAGGAACGCCAUAGAGUUAGAAUUUGAAAGAAAAAAGGUUUCUAAAGAAAUUUCAUUUUUCACCAAAUAGGCUUGUGGGCUCACGAAAAGUUCGGUUUAAAGUGAAAUAUCUCAUUGCACCAAUGGUCAAUGAGUGGAAGGAAGGUUGCGUUGGAUUCAUAUGACCGAGAAGAAAGCCAUAGAGUUGGAAUUUGCAAGAAAAAAGGUCUCUAAAGAAAUUUCAUUUUUUCACCAAAUAGGCUUGUGGGCUCACGAAAAGUUCGGUUUAAAGUGAAAUAUCUCAUUGCACCGAUGGCCAAUGAGGGGAAGGGAGGUUGCGUUGGAAUCGUUUGACCGUGAGGAACGCCAUAGAGUUGGAAUUUGCAAGAUAAAAGGUCUCUAAAGAAAUUUCAUUUUUUCACCAAAUAGGCUUGUCAGCUUACGAAAAGUUCGGUUUAAAUUGAAAUAUUUAAUUGCACCGAUGGUCAAUGUGUGGAAGGGAAGUUGCGUUGGAAUCGUAUGACCGAGAAGAACACCAUAGAGUUGGAAUUUGCAAGAAAAAAGGUUUCUAAAGAAAUUUCAUUUUUCACCAAAUAGGCUUGUGGGCUCACGAAAAGUUCGGUUUAAAGUGAAAUAUCUCAUUGCACCAAUGGUCAAUGAGUGGAAGGAAGGUUGCGUUGGAAUCAUAUGACCAAGAAGAACGCCAUAGAGUUGGAAUUUGCAAGAAAAAAGGUCUCUAAAGAAAUUUCAUUUUUUCACCAAAUAGGCUUGUGGGCUCACGAAAAUUUAGGUUUAAAGUGCAAUUUCUCAUUGCACCGAUGGCCAUUGAGGGGAAGGGAGGUUGCGUUGGAAUCGUUUGACCGUGAGGAACGCCAUAGAGUUGGAAUUUGCAAGAAAAAAGGUAUCUAAAGAAAUUUCAUUUUUUCACCAAAUAGGCUUGUGGGCUUACGAAAAGUUCGAUUUAAAUUGAAAUAUUUAAUUGCACCGAUGGUCAAUUAGUGGAAGGAAAGGUACGUUGGAAUCCUAUGACCAAGAAUAACGCCAUAGAGUUGGAAUUUGCAAGAAAAAAGGUCUCUAAAGAAAUUUCAUUUUUUCACCAAAUAGGCUUGUGAGCUUACGAAAAGUUCGGUUUAAAUUGAAAUAUUUAAUUGCACCGAUGGUCAAUGAGUGGAAGGGAAGUUGCGUUGGAAUCGUAUGACCAAGAAGAACACCAUAGAGUUGGAAUUUGCAAGAAAAAAGGUUUCUAAAGAAAUUUCAUUUUUCACCAAAUAGGCUUGUGGGCUCACGAAAAGUUCGGUUUAAAGUGAAAUAUCUCAUUGCACCAAUGGUCAAUAAGUGGAAGGAAGGUUGCGUUGGAAUCGUUUGACCGUGAGGAACGCCAUAGAGUUGGAAUUUGCAAGAUAAAAGGUCUCUAAAGAAAUUUCAUUUUUUCACCAAAUAGGCUUGUGAGCUUACGAAAAGUUCGGUUUAAAUUGAAAUAUUUAAUUGCACCGAUGGUCAAUGAGUGGAAGGGAAGUUGCGUUGGAAUCGUAUGACCAAGAAGAACACCAUAGAGUUGGAAUUUGCAAGAAAAAAGGUUUCUAAAGAAAUUUCAUUUUUCACCAAAUAGGCUUGUGGGCUCACGAAAAGUUCGGUUUAAAGUGAAAUAUCUCAUUGCACCAAUGGUCAGUGAGUGGAAGGAAGGUUGCGUUGGAAUCAUAUGACCAAGAAGAACGCCAUAGAGUUGGAAUUUGCAAGAAAAAAGGUCUCUAAAGAAAUUUCAUUUUUUCACCAAAUAGGCUUGUGGGCUCACGAAAAGUUCGGUUUAAAGUGCAAUUUCUCAUUGCACCAAUGGCCAAUGAGGGGAAGGGAGGUUGCGUUGGAAUUGUUUGACCGUGAGGAACGCCAUAGAGUUGGAAUUUGCAAGAAAAAAGGUCUCUAAAGAAAUUUCAUUUUUUCACCAAAUAGGCUUGUGGGCUUACGAAAAGUUCGGUUUAAAUUGAAAUAUUUAAUUGCACCGAUGGUCAAUUAGUGGAAGGAAAGGUACGUUGGAAUCCUAUGACCAAGAAUAACGCCAUAGAGUUGGAAUUUGCAAGAAAAAAGUUUUCUAAAGAAAUUUAAUUUUUCACCAAGUAGGCUUGUGGGCUCACGAAAAGUUCGGUUUAAAGUGAAAUAUCUCAUUGCACCAAUGGUCAAUGAGUGGAAGGAAGGUUGCGUUGGAAUCAUAUGACCGAGAAGAACGCCAUAGAGUUGGAAUUUGCAAGAAAAAAGGUCUCUAAAGAAAUUUCAUUUUUUCACCAAAUAGGCUUGUGGGCUCACGAAAAGUUCGGUUUAAAGUGCAAUUUCUCAUUGCACCGAUGGCCAAUGAGGGGAAGGGAGGUUGCGUUGGAAUCCUUUGACCGUGAGAAAUGCCAUAGAGUUGGAAUUUGCAAGAAAAAAGGUCUCUAAAGAAAUUUCAUUUUUUCACCAAAUAGGCUUGUGGGCUCACGGAAAGUUCGGUUUAAAGUGAAAUAACUCAUUGCACCUAUGGUCAAUGAGUGGAAGGGAGGUUGUGUUGGAAUCGUAUGACCAAUAAGAACGCCAUAGAGUAGGAAUUUUCAAGAAAAAAAGUCUCUAAAGAAAUUUCAUUUUUUCACCAAAUCGGCUUGUGGGCUUACGAAAAGUUCGGUUUCAAUUGAAAUAUUUAAUUGCACCGAUGGUCAAUAAGUUUUAGGAAAGUUGCGUUGGAAUCGUAUGACCAAGAAGAACGCCAUAGAGUUGGAAUUUGCAAUAAAAAUGGUUUCCAAAGAAAUUUCAUUUUUCACUAAAUAAGCUUGUGGGCUCACGAAAAGUUCGGUUUAAAGUGAAAUAUCUCAUUGCACCAAUGGUCAAUGAGUGGAAGGAAGGUUGCGUUGGAAUCAUAUGACCGAGAAGAACGCCAUAGAGUUGGAAUUUUCAAGAAAAAAGGUCUCUAAAGAAAUUUCAUUUUUUCACCAAAUAGGCUUGAGUGCUCACGAAAAGUUCGGUUUAAAGUGAAAUAUCUCAUUGUACUGGUGGUCAAUGAGUCAAAGGGAGGUUGCGUUGGAAUCAUAUGACCGAGAGGAACGCCAUAGAGUUGGAAUUUGCAAGAAAAAAGGUCUCUAAAGAAAUUUCAUUUUUUCACCAAAUAGGCUUGUGGGCUCACGAAAAGUUCGGUUUAAAGUGAAAUAUCUCAUUGUACCGAUGGUCAAUGAGUGGAAGGAAGGUUGCGUUGGAAUCAUAUGACCGAGAAGAACGCCAUAGAGUUGGAAUUUGCAAGAAAAAAGGUCUCUAAAGAAAUUGCAUUUUUUCACCAAAUAGGUUUGUGGGCUCACGAAAAGUUCGGUUUAAAGUGAAAUAUCUCAUUGCACCGAUGGCCAAUGAGGGGAAGGGAGGUUGCGUUGGAAUCGUUUGACCGAGAGGAAUGCCAUAGAGUUGGAAUUUGCAAGAAAAAAGGUCUCUAAAGAAAUUUCAUUUUUUCACCAAAUAGGCUUGUGGGCUCACGAAAAGUUCGGUUUAAAUUGAAAUAUUUAAUUGCACCGAUGGUCAAUGAGUGGAAGGGAAGUUGCGUUGGAAUCGUAUGACCAAGAAGAACGCCAUAGAGUUGGAAUUUGCAAGAAAAAAGGUUUCUAAAGAAAUUUCAUUUUUCACCAAAUAGGCUUGUGGGCUCACGAAAAGUUCGGUUUAAAGUGAAAUAUCUCAUUGCACCAAUGGUCAAUGAGUGGAAGGAAGGUUUCGUUGGAUUCAUAUGACCGAGAAGAAAGCCAUAGAGUUGGAAUUUGCAAGAAAAAAGGUCUCUAAAGAAAUUUCAUUUUUUCAC